AUGGUGGGGGGAAGGCCGGAGGACAUCGUCUUCACGUCGGGGGGUACGGAGGCCAACAACAUGGUGAUCCACACUGCGCUGCGGCACUUCCGAGAGAGCUGGCAGCAGGGCCGGGCCAGGCCUGGCGACSGCCGCCCCGAGGCAGCGGGCACCGCUCCGCACUUGGUGACCUCCAAUGUGGAGCACGACUCCGUGCGGCUGCCGCUGGAGCACCUGGUGAAAGAGGGGCUGGCGGAGGCCACCUUCGUGCCCGUAUCCACACAAAGCGGACAGGCUGAAGUGGACGACGUCCUGGCCGCAGUGCGRCCGACCACGUGCCUGGUUUCUGUCAUGUUGGCCAAUAACGAGACCGGCAUCAUCAUGCCCGUCUCAGAGUUGAGCCAGCGCAUCCGUGGCCUCAACCAGAAGAGAGUGGCAGAGGGGCUGCCUCGUAUCCUGGUGCACACGGACGCGGCCCAGAUGAUUGGCAAGGGUCACGUGGACGUGCAGGAGCUGGGGGUGGACUACCUCACCAUCGUGGGACACAAGUUCUACGCCCCGCGGAUCGGCGCCCUGUAUGUGCGCGGCCCUGGCACCGCCACCCCGCUGCACCCCAUGCUCUUCGGAGGGGGGCAGGAGAGGAGCUUCCGUCCAGGUACGGAGAACACCCCUAUGAUCGCUGGCCUCGGCAAGGCUGCAGAGCUAGUGGUUAAGAACGGGGAUGUGUAUGAGGCUCACAUGCGGGACGUCCGGGACUACCUGGAGGCCAGGCUGGAGGCCUCCUUUGGGAAGCAGAGGAUCCACUUCAACAGCAAGUUUGCAGGCUCCAAGCGGCUCUGCAACACCUGCAACUUCUCCAUCCUGGGCCCAGGCCUUCAAGGGCGCAGGGUGCUGUCACACUGCAAGACGCUUCUGGCCAGCGUUGGGGCUGCCUGCCACUCGGAGAAGGGCGAGCGGCCCUCCUCCAUUCUGCUCAGCUGUGGGAUCCCCUAUGAUGUGGCGCAGAAUGCCCUGCGGCUGAGUGUAGGUCGGGAYACGACACGGGCGGACGUGGAUCUGGUUGUGCAGGACCUCGUGCAGGCCGUGGCGCAGCUGGACCAGGACGGAGUCCUCUAGGCCCAGGAAAUUGUUCUCUGGCUGUCACCGUGACAGUGCCACAGAGCUGGCUGGGGCAGUAGCGGGGAUGGUUUCCCCAGGGCUGCCUGGUCUUACGUACUCCCUUUCCUCCCAUCCUUCCGAUAGCAGGCAUAGCUCCUGUUGCAGGUGCCCCUGAGGAAAAGAAGCAGAGGGGCUGCCUUCACAGUGAGCCAGCAUCUGAGGAAAUUGGCCCUGAGUGGCUGACGUGCUCACCCUGAUCCCUGGCUUAGAGGAUCAGAAUGUUGUGCCUGUUGGUAGCAUUGCCAACUGAUGCCAGGGAAUCUGCUCUCCCUGGGUGUCCAUAGGAAUAAAAGCGUGUGCCACUGCUGUGGCUUUUUCCAAAGUGAAAUGCCUUUUCUGUGGUGCUUGGGGGGAAGCAGGGAUGGGAUCAUUGGGUGUUUUUUCCCUCAGAAAACGCUGAUGGCUCAGCACAGAGGCUGURUGGGCUCCAGGUAAACUGGAGCGGGGAAGAUAUCCUCAGCCCUUGGCUCAYAGGUGGUACAGAACCAAACUCACCUCUGCCAUCUGCACCUUUUUCUCUUAGCUCCGAUGGCACCUGCAUUAGAGACGAUCUGGGUGUUUUUGUCAGGCAAAACCAGGCAGUUGGUGCCGCUGCUGACAGGAAUUGUCUUUGAAGCUCCAUCUGUUCUGCCAAUAUGGUGCAGGGGGGAUGUUCACACCACAGAWAAAGGGCCUGGGUGAUUUGGGUUUAAAUAUGAUUUAGGAGCMGGACGCUCCCACCACUGCCAGGGUGGGCACAGCUUCCCAAAACAAUCACCCUGUCUUGGUGACAGGUUCUCCUUC